GUAUAAUGCGAAGAUGGUAUUAUUUAUGCGCACCGGAUUGUUAAAUACCAGAAAUUUAAUUUGUCUACGUUCCACGAAUCGCUGCAAAAAUGGAAAUAGAUUGUGUAUUAGAUUCAGUUCGACUCAAUUUACAGAGCAUUCGGCAGAAGUACACUUUUCUAAUGGGGAAAAGAUGACACUAUCAACUGGGAAAUAUGCACUAUUUGCAAGUGGAAAUGUUAUUGCCACAUGUGGUAAUACAUCAGUUAUGAGCACUCUAGUGAGACAAGAUGUAGCAUCAAAGAGUUCUAUAGUUCCUCUAACCGUGGAUUAUCGGCAAAAAGCUUCUGCAAUAGGCCGUAUACCAACAAAUUUUUUUCGUCGAGAACUGGGAUUCUCAGAGACUGAGAUUCUCAUAAGCAGAAUAAUAGACAGAUCUGUACGUCCUCUAUUUGAACAAGGAUAUUCUCAUGAAACUCAACUGAUAUGUAAUUUGUUGGCUGUCGACGGAUUACACGAACCAGAUGUAUUGUCUAUUAAUGCUGCUUCUGCAACAUUGAGCAUCUCGGAUGUUCCAUGGAAUGGACCUAUAGGGGCUGUAAGGGUUGGGUUCAUAGAGCAAGAAUGUGUAAUUAAUCCUACAAGACGCCAACUACAGUAUAGUACAUUAAAUCUUGUUGUGGCCUGUACAUCUAGAAAUCUUGUUGUUAUGUUAGAAGGAUCAGCUAAUGAUAUCUUAGACCAAGAUCUUCGUAAAGCAAUACGAGUAGCUACCAAAGAGUGCCAGAUAAUUAUACAGUCUAUAACUGAUUUACAAAAGAGAAUUGGGAAACCUAAAAUAAAAGUAACAGCGGAAACAGAAAUACCGAACGAUAUGAUAAAUACUGUAAGGGAAUUUUCAAAACACGAGAUACUUAAUAUUUUUACAUGUUAUAGUCAUGAUAAAAUUUCACGAGACAAUGCUAUUAUAAAUUUGAGAACCAAAAUGUUAAAUAAUUUGGUGAACAAUAAUCCAGAAGCUGCUGAAAAUGCUACACAAGCUUUCAAUGAACUUGUUAAAGAAACUUUCAGGUCUUUAGUAUUCGACAAUCAGACAAGAUGCGACGGUCGCAAGAUGGAAGAAUUGAGAGACAUAAAGUGUCAAGUGAAUUUAUUUGAACCACUCCAUGGUUCUGCUUUCUUCCAAAGGGGUCAAACUCAAGUUUUAUGCACUGUAACUCUUGAUUCCAUAGAAAAUGCUCUUAAAAUGGAUACUGUUUCAAUGAUAGCUAGUGGGAUAAAAGAAAAGAAUUUUUUUCUACACUAUGAGUUUCCUCCGUAUGCAACUAAUGAGACAGGUAGAGUGACUGGUUUCGCUCGUCGAGAAAUUGGUCAUGGAGCAUUAGCAGAGAAGGCAUUGAAAGCAGUUAUACCACACAAUUAUCCAUUUGCUAUAAGACUUACAAGCGAAGUAUUACAGUCAAAUGGUUCUUCGUCUAUGGCUACCGUAUGUGGUGGCAGUAUGGCACUGAUGGACGCAGGUGUGCCGAUAUCGGCUCCAGUUGCGGGUGUAGCUAUUGGAUUAAUAUGUAAAAUGAAUCAAAAUACACAGCAAAUAGAAGAUUACAAGAUAUUAACGGAUAUAUUGGGCAUAGAAGAUUAUCUUGGAGAUAUGGAUUUCAAAAUAGCUGGUACAAAGAAAGGAUACACUGCUGUACAAGCUGAUGUAAAAGUACCAGGCAUACCUUUGAAGAUAGUAAUGGAGAGUCUUUAUCGAGCAAACAAAGCAAAGUCUCAAAUUCUUACUAUCAUGAACAACGUAAUAUCAACUCCAGCAGAGGAUAAAACGAAUAAUAAACCGGUACUCGAAACAAUGGAAGUCCCUAUUCAUCAAAGAGCAAAGUUUCUUGGAAUAGGAGGAUCAAAUUUGAAAAAAAUCUUUGUCGAAACUGGAGUUAAUAUACAUUGGCAAAACGAUAAUACGUAUUCCAUAUUUGCGCCUAAUCAAAGCGCAAUGGACGAUGCCAAAGAAAUGAUAAGUAAACUUUUGACGGAAGAGUCGGAACCAACGUUAACGUUUGGCGAUAUUUACACGGCGAAAAUAACGGAAAUUCGUGAAUUCGGAGUUAUGGUUACAUUAUAUCCUAACAUGGUUCCAACAUUAUUACCUAAUUCGCAAUUAGAUCGACGUAAAAUCCAUCAUCCUAGCGCGCUUGGAUUGGCAGUCGGGCAAGAGAUAGAAGUGAAAUAUUUUGGACGGGAUCCGGUGAAUGGACAAAUUAGGUUAUCGCGUAAAGUGUUGCAAGAACCGGUUAGCACUACGCGAGAUUUGAUUACCGCCGAAGAAAGUAACGUCUAAUUCUUUAUAUUUUUCUAUACCUUGAAGCAAUGUAUGAUAAUGUAUUAUUCCUUCGAAAAUGAUGUAAUCAGUUUAUUCUUUGACAACAGAUUAAUUGUAAUUGCAAUGAAAACGAUAAUAU